AUGGGCAACAUAGUUCAGGAUAUUGCAACAAUUCCAAAUGUAGAGUCCUAUGUAUUUAACUGCACCUCAACGUUCACACAGGUCUCAUAUGUAUGGGAAGGGAUUGGCAAACCGUUCCCAGAAGAACUACCAAAACAGUUGCCCUCUUGGGAAGGAUGUUCAACCAAUGAACUUAAAGAAUUUGCAGUUUUGCAGAUUAAGCAUUUAGAUAUUAGAGCUGGAGAUAUAUACAAUACCAGUAUAAUUAUAGAAGGAACUUAUGUUGAUCUAUUGGCAAGGGAAGAGGUUGUUGGGAGCCGGAAGGCAUGGGCAGUUGGACCAAUUCUUCCAUUGAAGUUAUUCUCGAAUAGCCAGCAUAAGUGUUUAGAAAGGCUUGACAAAAAAGAUCCAAAAUAUGUUAUCUACAUAUCUUUUGGGACGACAGUUUCAAUGUCAGAUAAAGAAAUCAACAAGCUCGCGCUGGGGUUAGAACAGAGCAAACAGAAUUUUCUUUGGGUUCUGAGAGAUGCGGAUAAAGGAGAUGUGCUCGAAGGAGAAGUUAGACGAGCUAAGUUACUUGACGGGUUUGAGAAGAGAACACGAGGAGUGGGAAUGGUGGUGAGAGAUUGGGCACCACAACUAGAAAUUCUGGCUCAUCCAUCUACUUGUGGAUUUAUGAGUCAUUGUGGAUGGAAUUCUUGCAAAGAAAGUAUUACAAUGGGAGUGCCAAUAGCAGCCUGGCCAAUGCACUCCGAUCAGCCAAGAAACGCCAUGUUCAUAACAUAUAUGUUGAAGAUCGAUAUUCUUGCAAGAGAAUGGACACAGCACGGUAAACUAGUGAAAGCAUUGAUGAUUGAGAACGUUGUGAGAAGACUGAUGGCAUCAGACGAAGGAAUUGAGAUAAGGAAGAAGGCAGAAGAAGUUGCUGAUGCUGUUAGGAUGUCAACUGAGGCAGGUGGCGUGUCUUGA